CUGCUGGAUGCCUUCGGACACAAAUCUAACAUCAGCCUGGUGUUUGAUUUCAUGGAAACAGAUCUGGAGGUGAUCAUUAAAGACACUAGCCUAGUCCUGACUCCAGCCAACAUCAAAGCCUACAUCCUCAUGACUCUACAGGGAUUAGAGUAUAUGCACCAGCACUGGGUCCUACACAGGGAUCUGAAACCAAAUAAUCUGCUGUUAGACGGCAACGGAGUGUUGAAGUUGGCUGAUUUUGGUUUGGCUAAAGCAUUUGGCAGCCCCAACAGAGUCUACACUCAUCAAGUUGUUACCAGGUGGUACCGCUCCCCUGAGCUCCUGUUUGGUGCCAGGAUGUACGGUGUGGGUGUCGACAUGUGGGCAGUGGGAUGCAUCUUGGCAGAGUUACUCCUUCGGAUACCCUUCCUUGCUGGAGACUCAGAUCUUGACCAGUUGACUAAGAUCUUUGAGGCUCUUGGGACGCCCACAGAAGAGACAUGGCCUGGAGUGAGUAGUCUACCAGACUAUGUGUCCUUCAAAAUAUUUCCUGGCACACCACUGGAACAUAUAUUUAGUGCAGCUGGAGACGACUUGCUAGAGCUGCUACAAGGCCUCUUCACCUUUAACCCCUCAACGAGGACUACAGCUACACAGGCUCUAAAGAUGAAUUACUUCAGUAAUCGACCUGGUCCCACUCCUGGACCCCAACUCCCUCGACCCAACUGUUCAGUUGAGGCACUGAGGGAGAAGGAAACAAUCGGGCUCAAGAGGAAAAUCGAGGGCCUGGAGACAACUGUGAUGAAGAAGAAGCUCAUUUUCUGACCGGAAGGGACCUGGUAAAUCGGAUGAUCACCAUCUUCACUCUGUGCGGCUCAGCUUUCCCGCAUUGCUCAGGAUUGUCCACUGGAAUGAAAAAAAGAAAAGAAGUCUCAAACCAGUGAGGGGAAAAGGCCGAGAUGUGGCUGACUUUAGGACAUUUUAGAGACUGUAGCUGUUACAUCAGUUGAGUUUUGUGCUUGGAGUAUCCAGUGUGCUGCUGUGUUCAGCAUUCCAUUGAACAAUGUACUACAGUGGUCAAUAGUGUUGGCUCUGGUCUUUCUUCAUUGUAACAAUGAUGCCUAACCUCUGGGAGCCUGUUGGAAUAUGUCUAUUUAUGUGACAAAAAAAAAAAAAAGAAGAACCAAACUAGCAAGCCUGAUAUAUUUCAUGUAUAUGUAUUUUUAUGUUUUGUAUGUAAGCCCAAUAAAUGGUGCAAAUUCA